UUGACGGCUUACCUGUCUCAAAAUCGGGCAACUUGAGUUCUUCCCGCUCGUCCAUAUCCUUCAAAUACUCGAAAACGAGAGCUUCCAUCGAUUCUCGUGUCGCGGCUUCAUCUAAAGAGACGUCGAGGACACUUUGAAGAGGAAACAGAGUUGACAAGCUGCACCCAGAAGCCAUGACUGAAACUUCAGCUAGCAAGCCCGCCUAGACUUCGGACACGUCGUGACGCUUCAAAUUUUUUCCAAAUGUCCCAAAAAACCGACUCUGAAAGUGACAUUUGGGAUUAUAAACCUCGCGUCAAGAAAAAGAAAACACGUGAGGCGUCGUCGUCUGCGUGUGGGAAGGCGGCCAGAAGAAAAUGCAGCACGGAGACAAAAUCCGUCCGUACCAAUGGACAAUGUGACGCCAGCUCGUCAUUCCAAAAUGUUGACAAUGAAACCAAGGACGAUUUUUGUCCUAUUUGCCAGAUGCCAUUCUCAGUCUUGUUGGGGCAGUCGCAAAGAUGGCAUGUUUCGGAAUGUCUGGACACGCAAAGGGAUACUUGUCAAGAAUGUCCUGACGGGUCCAAGUGCUCGUCGUCCAUUCCGAGCCACUACAACAAGUUCAAACACACUCAAAUGGCCCACGCUCGCGCCACCGGCCUCCCCGUGCCGUUACUCUCGCAUUGCAACGAACGUUCUACCUUAAAUGAACACGUGGACCCAUCGCCGCCAUUGUCGACGCCGUCCCAAACUAGAAACGGUCUUCUGCUAUUGCGCUCGCCCGGACCGGAGGAUAUGAAGAAGAAGAAAGGCUGGUCUCCCAGCGGACGUUCUUCCGUUACAUCCUCGCAGGAAAGCGUAAAGACGCCCUUGACUACCUGCCGCAUUUCAGAGCAAAGCCAAGCGUCUCCCGACGUCAACAACGGGAUAUCCUAUUCUCCUCUUUCGGAGAUUCCCGCCGAGAUCCGAGGAUCUGAAGACGAAGACUCCCUUCUUCUCUUCGGCGAGGAUGAACUGUUCCCGGACGUGACUGAUUGCCUCGAAGACGCCGUCCGAGCGGAGAACCUUCCAUCCGCCCAGAGCAAAGUGCUGGAACUUUUAAAGGAAAGCCUUCCUUUCGUAGCGCCUCCUCAGAUAGAGGCACCUCCUCGAACAGAGGUGCCUCGAAGCAACGGACUCAAGCAGACGGACAUCGGCGUAUUUUUUGGCCUCAAGCCGCUGAAGUGUGACGUUUCGGAGUCCGGUGUCGCGGCGAGCCGGGCUUCUUCGAGAGGGCGACGGAAGACGAACGAAGGCGCGAGGGAACAAGACAACAAGGGUGAAAAGGCGGAAGAGGAGGAGACCAAGAACAAACGUUGGAAGAGAAACGGCUACGGUCAACGAGAACAACAACGACGGUGUCCUUUCUACAAAAAAAUUCCAGGCACGACGUUCGCCAUCGACGCCUUCUGCUACGGCACCGUCGAAGGCGUCACCGCUUACUUCCUGACUCAUUUCCAUUCGGACCACUACGGCGGCCUCACCAGAAAUUCCACGUUUCCCAUCUACUGCAACGAAAUGACGGGAAAGCUGGUAAAGAGCAAGUUGAAGGUGGACGAGCGCUUUGUGCACCAACUGCCCAUGAACACCAAAGUCACCGUGGACGGCACGCAAGUGGUCCUUCUCGACGCCAACCACUGUCCCGGAGCGGCCAUGUUGUUGUUCUUCCUGUCCAACGGACAGACUGUUCUCCACACGGGCGAUUUCCGAGCCGAUCCCGGCAUGGAGGCUUACCCGGAGCUGCUGGGCCGCCGAGUGCACACGCUGUACCUGGACACCACGUAUUGCUCCCCGGAGUACGUCUUCCCAGGACAACAAGAAGUCAUCGAGUUUGCCGCUAGCACCGCUUUUGAGACGGCGACGCUGCACCCUCGUACCUUGGUUGUAUGCGGCUCCUACUCGGUGGGAAAGGAAAAAAUCUUCUUGGCCUUGGCAGAGGUUUUGGGCUGCAAAGUGUGCGUGUCGCGAGACAAAUACGACACCAUGCGCUGUCUGGAUUCUGAAAGCGUAGAACGACGUUUCACCACAGACUGGAAGGCGACGCGGCUCCACGUGCUUCCUAUGAUGCAACUCAACAUAGCAAAGCUGCAGGCGCACCUGAGGAAGUUUUCGGGCCAGUACGAUCGUCUGCUGGCCUUCAAGCCCACCGGCUGGAGCUUCAGCCAGCAGACGGCGUCGCUCUUAGACAUCCGUCCCACCGUCAGCGACGACGUCUCCAUUUACGGCAUUCCGUACAGCGAGCACAGCAGCUUCGCCGAGCUGAAGCGUUUCGUCAAGUGGCUGCGUCCGCUCAAGAUCAUCCCCACGGUGAACAACGGCAGCCGGGCCGCCAGAAUGGCCAUGGAGAAGCAUUUCGGACAGUGGCUAACCACCGCCGACUCCGCUUAGGAAAGAAAUUCUGUCACGGUUAGUUAGUUAGUUCUUUUGCAAAAUGAAUGAUAUUGCUGCACUUAUUUUUUAUGUCUGCUUAAAUAAACUUCCCUCUUUGUACAUUGUCUAUAUUUUAAAUAAAUGUCCAAGCUACAUGACAUUGAUGACUGUGAACUCUUUCGAAGAUCUAUCGCUGCCAAUACAAUCCAUCCAUUAUCUCCCGCUUAAUACGGUUGUCAAUACAAAAUAAUCCCAAUUUACCAUUUAAGUGAAAGGAGCAAUGACGUUAUGUUUGCCAUAAAGAUUAAAAAAAAAAAAAAUCUUAUGUAGCAUGAAAAAUGCUAUCAAGUUGAAAAGUGACAACAGCACUAUCUGGUCAUAACACAAUAAAUGAUUCUUUAAUACAAGAAAGUGUUUACAAAAGCACAUCCUUUUCUUUUGAAUUCAUGCAUCCAAUUCCUUUCAAAUAAAUGAGGACAAGGGCACUGAACACAAAGCACUGAAAAAUGAAGCACUAAAUAUCUUUGCAAAAAAGGCACCACAUCAGUGAUCAGCGUGUCAAGCAGGAUGGAGACUUCCGUGUGAGAAUGAGCUCAGCGACACGGAGAAAGGUUUCACUGUGGUUCGGCAGUCGCUGGCUAGCUCACUAGCUGCCUCUGUGAUACCAUCGACACACACGCACAAACUGUCUUGUCUUGACCAAAUUGGACUUUUGGACACGUAGAUUUUUUUGUGAAAGUUGUGGGGUGGGGCCGUGAACGGUUCGUAAGAAGCUAGCGUUCUGUUCCAAGGGUGGAAAACAAUCCACUGUACUAUUACCAUUAAUUUGACUAUAAUUAUUAAAUUGUUAGUUUCGCGUCUAACACAUUGUAACAUUUUUUUGAGAGACAGCGAGAACCAAAAGUGGUAUUUGCCAUGUGGCAAAAUGAAUUUGGCCAUUUGGCAUUUAUUUUUGCCAUGUGACAUUUUUCGGGCAA